AUGGGGAGUAAACGAGUUGCUGCCCUUCGACGCUUGGAAGCACACAACGCCAGUCCAGGGGAAUCUAAUCGUCAUGAGAGAGAGUCGCAUAGUUCCCGCCAUACUCAUAGUCAACAUGAGUCUCGUUCACCUUCGAAUAGUCGUGAUCGCGAGGACCGUUUAACGUCAAAGAGACGCUCGGAAGAAAGACCACGGUCACAGGAAAGUCGGGACGAAGCGCCUAGUUGGGCAAAGGAAUUGCUGGCCCUAAAUAAGGAUACCGAUUGCCGUCUAAAAUCACUUGAAGGCGAGGUCAACGGAAACGUGUUAGUCGAAAGCGGGAACGCUCGCCAGUUCCAGAUUUUAAAUACAAGCGAAAUCGCACACAAUACAAGUUCAAUCGUAAGGUAUUAAAUACGAUUGAAACUGCACUCGAGGGGUCAGACGAUGAGGAACGCGAUCAAGCUUUAACCGAAGGUAAGACUCUUAUUUGUGAAAGGAAUAAGCACAUAAAAUUAGCAGAGAAAUUCGGGUGGGAAACGGUAGAGUGCUAUGUUGACAAGCCCUUAGCGAGCGAUUCGGAGGACCAGAAACGCAUACGGCGCGCUAUAAAAGAGGGUAAGGCGUUGAAAGAGGAGAAAAGAAAGUCCCUGAAGUUUACAAAAACUUCGUCUACGGCUUCACGCGUUUUCUCGACCGACGCGAAUCGAACGGAAUCGAGUAAUCGUAUUAUUCUGAAGAAAUCAGGCGGUACAAGCUUCGCACGUGACGGGAAUUGUUUUCGCUGCGGGCGUCCAGGACACCUUGCCCGGUUUUGUAAAAACAACAUCGGAAGUCCAAACCCAGCUAAAAACAAUUAGUAGGGAUGUAUCCCCGGAAACAGACAGUCAUAUUAACAGUAUUAGCAAUUUUAAAAACAAUAUCGAUGAAUUACAGUUGGCUUGUUUAAAUAAACGUUUUGACAAUGACCAAUUGGUCGCUGACGUUAAAGGUCGCUUGAAAGCAAACAUUUCAUUCUGGGAAAACAUUGGGGCUUCAAAUUGGGUUUUGGGAAUUAUUCGUAAUGGUUAUGCACUACCGUUUGUGGAACAACCACACGCAGCUGAGUUCACUAAUCACAAAUCAGUUGCACGUAACGAGGCUUUUGAGACUGGUGAGCUGAAACGCUUAUUAAAAAUUGGAUGUAUAAGGGAAGUCUCAAAAAGUGAAGCAUGUAUUAUAUCGCCCCUUGGGGUGGUGUCUAACUCAGAUAAGAACCGGCUGAUUUUAGACUUGCGUUUUGUUAACAGUCUCCUAAAAUCCUAUCGUUUUAAAUAUGAGGAUUUACGAACUUUUAGAGAUAUAUUUCAAUCAGGUGACUGGUUCUUUAAAUUCGACUAUAAGUCUGGAUACCAUGGUGUUGAUAUUCUCCCUCAACACCAGCAAUAUUUGGCAUUUGCAUGGGAUGAAGGACAUGCCAAGAGAUACUUUGUUUUUACUGUACUCCCAUUUGGUUUGGCUACAGCCCCUUAUGUUUUCACCAAAAUCCAAAAAGCUUUGGUAAAACAUUGGCGUGCACAAGGAAUUAGAAUUUUUACAUACUUGGAUGAUGGUAUUGGUGGGGGGCCGACAGAGGAAGUUUCAAGAAAAAUUUCAAGAAAAAUCCAAAGCGAUGUGGAAUGCAGCGGAUUCUUGUGGCACCCUGAUAAAAGUGUAUGGGAGCCAUCCCAGCAAGGGGAAAUACUAGGAUUUCUAGUCGACUUAAAGAAAGGGUAUUUCUGA